UUACAGGCAUCCGGAGAAACAUGGAGGACACCGCUGGCAGUAAUCCCCAAUCUCUCGGAUUUACAGAGAAAUUAAAGUCUUGGCUCUCCUGGUCAUGGACCUACGUGUGCUUCAUUUGGUUCGGCAUGGUUCUGAUCAUGAUAUACGUCCUGUGGAGCCCGCUGAAACUGCAGGAAACUCUUACCUCAGCCUCAGUGUUUCUGAAUACACUGACCCCCAAGUUCUAUGUGGCUCUCACUGGAACCUCAUCUCUCAUCUCUGGACUCAUCCUUAUAUUUGAGUGGUGGUAUUUUCGUAAAUAUGGGACCUCGUUCAUUGAACAAGUGUCAGUGAGCCACCUGCGUCCGCUGCUGGGGGGAGUGGAGAGCAGCUCCACCACUGGUCUGUUUGCUUCAGUUAAUGGAGAGGCAGAGCCCAGGCCCAGUGUUUCUGAGUGUAAGGUCUGGAGGAACCCUUUAAAUCUGUUCAGAGGAGCAGAAUACAACAGGUACACCUGGGUGACAGGGAAGGAACCCUUAACCUACUACGAUAUGAACCUGUCUGCUCAAGACCAUCAGACCUUCUUCACAGGAGACACUCCACAAUUACGGCCAGAAGAUGCUGUUAUGCAGAAAGCCUGGAGAGAGAGAAAUCCUCAAGCCAGGAUCAGAGCAGCCUACCAGGCCAUCGAAAUGAACCAGGAAUGUGCUGCAGCCUAUGUGCUCCUAGCAGAGGAAGAAGCAACAACUAUCACAGAAGCUGAACGCCUCUUCAAAAAAGCAUUAAUUAUUGCUGGAAAAGAUAUCAACUUACUGGUGUACAUUAAACGUAGAAUGGCAAUGUGUGCACGCAAGCUGGGCCGGAUUAAAGAAGCAGUUAAAAUGAUGAGAGAUUUAAUGAAGGAGUUCCCACUGUUGGGAAUGUUAAAUAUACAUGAAAACCUCUUGGAGGCACUUCUAGAGCUUCAGGCAUAUGCUGAUGUCCAAGCAGUCCUCGCCAAAUAUGAUGACAUCAGCUUGCCAAAAUCAGCCACUAUAUGCUACACAUCAGCACUAUUGAAAGCACGGGCUGUAUCAGAUAAGUUCUCUCCAGAGGCCGCGUCACGGCGAGGGCUCAGCACGGCAGAGAUGAAUGCUGUGGAGGCCAUACACAGAGCUGUUGAGUUCAAUCCACACGUGCCAAAGUACUUAUUAGAGAUGAAGAGCCUGAUCCUUCCUCCAGAGCACAUCUUGAAGAGGGGUGACAGCGAGGCAGUGGCAUAUGCUUUCUUCCACCUGCAGCACUGGAAGAGGGCAGAAGGAGCCUUAAACCUACUACACUGCACCUGGGAGGGCACCUUCCGGAUAAUUCCCUACCCACUGGAGAAGGGUCACCUGUUUUACCCCUACCCAGGAUGCACAGAAACAGCAGAUAGAGAACUGCUGCCCUCGUUCCACGAGGUGUCUGUGUACCCAAAGAAAGAGCUUCCCUUCUUCAUCCUCUUCACAGCAGGCCUUUGCUCCUUCACUGCCAUGCUGGCCAUGCUCACACAUCAGUUCCCUGAGCUCAUGGGUGUCUUUGCCAAAGCAUUCUUCAGCACACUCUUUGCACCCCUGGGCUUCUUCGCAGACAAGAUGGAAAGCUUCAUGCCGUCCAGUUUUUGGCACCAGCUGACUCGAAUCUGACCCCAACACACAAACACACACACAGCACACAGAGACACACACAUACACACACCAAUACCACUCCAAACCCUCAGACAUAAAGUGUUUGCUCUCCUGUCUUCAGCAUUACUGUCCACUUGCUGCAUUGUUACUGAUGAUGUUGGCAGAGGUUGUAUCAACACGGCAAUACGCUGUUCAGAUCCUCUCCCACACUGUUCCAGCAGCCAGUUUUCCAAAAGCACAUUUACUGAACACUAUAUUAAACAAUUUCACAGGGUCGUUCACCUGUCAUUAUGUCAGCACUGGGCAAAUGGAAGUUUUUGAGUUCUCUACAAAACCUGGCUGUAGAUUACUUAGUCCAAAAAUAAAAGUUGUCAGAGAUUGUUCCAUCACAAUAAUUUAUUAAAUCAUGAAAAAGCUUAAAUGGGAUGUUUUUAAUACUUCUAAGACUACUGUCUAAUCAGAUAAGUUAGUUUAAACAAGUGUCUUACUGACAACAGAAAACAAACAUAUUAUGUACAUUAAAAUGUCAAAUGUAGACAAUUUUGCCCAAUAUGAUACUAAUUCCCAGCUCAAUCAUGUCUGUGUAUCACAAAAGAUCCCUCCGUGUAUUUGGAAUGAGUGCUUUUGGGUGAGAUUCAGAGCCCCGCAGACGUGGCAGAUUUAAACUUCUAUAAGACCUCCUAAAAAUAGAGCUGUGAUUCACAGCCCUGAAGGGCCUGCAGUGUAUACAACGCCUCUGCAGUUUAACAGUUGUUACCAUGCCAUGACACCUCAGCACUAUAUCACUGGGGCAACAGACGCCCCCUCAACAUCACAUUUUAAAUGGUAUUAUCACCGGUCACAGUUAGGCCUCUCAUGGCAUUACUCAAUUCUGUUGAUUGCAGUACAGAUACAGAAUGUUAUUCGUUCGUUUGUUAGUCAACUUCUCUAUUCCCAAACAAUACUGAGAGGCAAACAUUGCAGUACUCGUACAGAGAAUAUACCAGCACAGGAAAUGUAAUUAUAUCUGUAACAAAUUAGAUUACUGUUUAAAGUAUACGAUAAGCCCUUAAAGGAGAGAUGGGUGGCCACAUGAAAUGGCAAAGAAAAUUAAUGUACCAUGUGAUAAUUAUUCUAUCGGACUAAAGAUGCCAGCAUCCCCUUGUUUUAAAUUCAAAUGUAAAAACGGACUGUGCCCGGUUUGAAAUCUUAAAGCCUGUAAUGUAAUAUAAUCCUAUACUCUAUGUGAAAUGUAAUGAUUGAAGUUGUGAAAAAAGGUAAAAACAUACAUUAACUGUUACACCACUUAUUUGUGAAUGAUUUGAAAAUAAUGCUGCAUCCUCCUAAAUUUCUAUUACAUUAACAGGUUUAUUACAUUUUAAACCCUUUAAGGCAGACUUGUUUACUUUACUUUGUCAAGUUAGGUUACCUGAUGUUUAUUACAUUAUAUAGAUACAAUACAAUAUAGAGUACGGAAAUAUACUUAAGUCUCCACACCUUAUUUAAUUUUGUAGAACUUGUAAAAAAGUGCCUUGUAGUACAUCCCAAUACUUACUACUUACUGCAGCAACAAUACUGGUAUCUGUUUAGUGGCAACUCUGGUCAACAUUGGAUGGAUUCAAUUUGAUAGAGCAUUCAGAAACUGUGAUUUAACUUUUUUGUUAAUUGUUCAAUGGUUAGCAUAAUUAGAUACAGCAGCCAGGUAACAAUGGCAAACACAUUUGUGAAAAAGUAGAAAAGGUCCAGCUGGUAAUUAUGUAAUGACGUUUAAAGAAAAUGGUGUUACUACAGUAUGUUGCAAAUUUUGGUUAUAUUUUUAAUAUGAUCUACUAUAAACUACAAGAAUUCUGUAGUGCCUGUUUACAUUUUUGACAUUUGAAAUGUGAAAUAUUGUAAUGUGCAGCCGAAAUGUAUAAGAGUACAUGCUGAAGACAGGAGAAUGUUUGAAAAUUUGAACUCCCCUUGGAUGAGUUUGGAAGCAAAACUCACAAUAAAUUCCUCUUUCAGUGUAA